AGUGGUUGCUUCUGUGAAAAAACUGAAUUAAGUUUUUAGCAGUUUGCUAGCUAGCUUGCUAUAAAUGUACAUGGCAUAACUUAGUGACAUGCGUCUAGCUUCAUACGUUUGAUGGAAAGGUUAUACUAUAUGUCUUGUAAUAGGCUAAUACAGACAAAUUUGUUGCUAGUUACUAACAGAUGUGCAAGACAGAGAGCUAAAACCUAGCCAUAUUCCAGCAAUCACAGUAGCUAACUUGGCAAACGCGUUAGCUAGUCGUAUUUAACAAGGUUCUGUUGUCGAGCAAAGCACAUGUAUUUAAUGUCAAUUUAAUGUCCUGCACGACGAAACAAAAUGGAACAACCCUGCAAUUUACUGGAUGAACUAAAGCGACACAUCGUUAAAGAUGCUCCACCAACGGUUUAUUACAUUCCAGAUUUCAUAGCCGAGGAUGAGGAGGAUUAUCUUUUACAACAGGUAUAUAAGGCACCAAAACCUAAAUGGACCCAGCUUUCUGGUAGAAGACUUCAAAACUGGGGUGGAAAGCCUCAUUUGAAAGGAAUGCUUUCUGAAACGCUUCCUGAUUGGCUGCUGUCAUACUGCGACAGAAUCUCGUCUCUCGGCGCAUUCUCGGGGAAAUCCGCCAAUCACGUACUGGUCAAUGAAUACAAACCAGGCGAGGGAAUAAUGCCUCAUGUAGAUGGGCCCCUCUACCACCCAACAGUGACCACCAUCAGUCUGGGCUCACAUGCCCUGCUGGACUUCUACAGACCUGUCAGUACCCAGACCCAGGAGGUGGAUUUGCCCCAGACAGAACAGAGCCGCUACUUCCUGUCUCUGCUGGUCAUGCCUCGCAGCCUCCUCAUCCUCCAGGAGAACAUGUACCAGCACUUCCUGCAUGGCAUCCAGCCCUCCACCCAGGACGUCCUCACUGACAGGGUGGCCAACCUCCCCGUCGACGGGCCCCUGCCUGGGGCUACGCUGACUCGAGGCACCAGAGUGUCCCUGACCGUGCGCCACGUUCCCAAAGUCAUCAAGGCCUCUCUCCUCCUGGGGAGGAAGUGAUGCGUGAGAAACGUUGAGGACUUUAGGUGAUCGGUCUGGAUUGGUCCAUGAAAUGGCAUCACAUUGUCAGGACACGAACAUUAUUUGAACUCCAAAGACUGAAUGUGUUUACUUUAUGGGUCGUUUAUGGAAGUAUUUAUUGCAGUGCCAAAAUACAUACUUAAGUACAGGGAUGUGAAGGGAUAUCCAUAUUUUAAAUGAUGCAGCACUUUAAAAUGCAUAGUCUUAAAUUAGUAUUUAGUUUACUUAAACAUUACCAAGACUCGGGUCACUUGAAAGCAAUUCCUAAAUCAUUUUUUAUGUCACUAAAUAUUGCGUGAUUAAUACAGAUCAAGUUUUGAGUAUUGA